GGUCCGAGAUCACCGGCAAGCAAUCGAGAGGCCCAGACGAUGGUGCUUGGCCAGAAGGGUUGAGUGAAGAGAAGGGGAAAGAAGCCCUGCCUCUUCCUCACUUGCGGAGGCAACGUCGUUGAUCGAGGCUUUCUCGAACGGCGUGAGAGAUUGUGAUGGGAGAUGAGGAGACAGAAAGCGAGAGGACGAGCAGAAGGAAAAAAAGAAAGGGAAAGUAGGGCUUCGAUCUUUUAGUUAAUUCUUUCGAGAUCGAAGUCAAACGCGAAACGUGAGGGACACGCGGCGGCCUCAUAUAAGACCUCCGUCUCCAUCCCGAGGUUCUCUGGCGAGAUGACAACCCAGAGCGUAGCGUGUUGACUCUGUGCCAAAUUCAGAAUAUUCGCAGUUCACAUUCCAUCGAGAGGGAGAGAUAGAGAUGAGGAGGAAGGCUUCCUUCUCAUCUGAUCGCGAUGAUCUUCUUCUACUCGGGAGUUCGCUUACAGCAAUCGGACCCCAACAAAAGCAGUCUGCCUUGUGGUCUGUUCUGUUCUGAGGUUCACCUACUCAAGCCGCCAUGGAUGUACAGCUGCGAGAAAGGGAGUCGGUGAGGGUGUUAAGCUUUCUUGAUUCGGCCAAGGUCCAGUGGUACCAUUUCACCGCCAUUAUUGUUGCUGGGAUGGGCUUCUUCACCGACGCCUAUGAUCUCUUCUGCAUCUCACUCAUCACCAAGCUUCUCGGUCGCAUCUAUUACUAUGAGGCCAACCCUGAGCGUCCUGGAUCUCUUCCCCCCAAUGUCGCCUCCGCCGUCAACGGGGUGGCCCUCUGCGGCACCCUCUUCGGCCAGCUCUUCUUCGGCUGGCUUGGUGACAAGAUGGGGAGGAAGAGGGUGUAUGGUCUCACCCUCAUCCUCAUGUUCGUCUGCUCUAUUGCCUCUGGUCUGUCGUUCACCACAAACCCCAAGGGCGUGAUGACCACCCUCUGCUUCUUUCGUUUCUGGCUGGGAUUCGGCAUCGGCGGCGACUACCCUCUGUCUGCUACCAUCAUGUCUGAGUAUGCCAAUAAGGCUACCAGAGGGGCGUUCAUCGCUGCUGUCUUUGCGAUGCAGGGAUUCGGCAUCCUUGCCGGAGGGAUCAUCUCCAUCAUCGUCUCCGCAGGGUUUAUGAACAAGUAUCCUGCACCCUCCUACAAAGAAGAUAUGAAGGGGUCGACUGUGGAAGAGGCGGAUUAUGUGUGGAGGAUCAUCCUCAUGUUUGGAGCGCUACCUGCGGCUCUUACGUACUACUGGCGAAUGAAGAUGCCGGAGACGGCCAGGUUUACAGCUCUGGUGGAACUGAAUGAAACUAAAGCUGAAGAAGACAUGAAGAAAGUUUUGCAUCUGUCGUUUAUCGUCCCCAGAGAGGAUUUGGAGCGAAAUCAGGACAAGGCAAGGCAGGUCCGGACAAUGGAGAGAUUCGGCCUCUUUAGCCGAGAGUUCGCCUGGCGCUACGGCAAGUGCCUCCUCGGCACCACUUCCACCUGGUUCUUCCUCGAUAUUGGCUUCUACAGCCAAAACCUCUUCCAGAAGGACAUAUUAUCCGCCAUCGGCUGGAUACCUGCUGCCAAGACCAUGAACGCUAUCGAGGAGGUGUUCAAGAUUUCACGAGCUCAGACACUCAUUGCCCUCUGCUCCACCGUUCCCGGCUACUGGUUAACGGUGUUGCUUAUCGAUGUCAUCGGCCGUGUGGCCAUACAACUGAUCGGUUUCUUCUUCAUGACGGUAGGCAUGUUCGUCCUCGCCGUCCCUUACGACAUGUGGACGACGAAGUCACACCGCAUCGGUUUUGUGGUCAUGUACGCUUUCACCUUCUUCUUUGCCAACUUUGGCCCUAACACGACCACCUUCGUUGUUCCCGCUGAGAUCUUCCCGGCGAGGCUGAGGACAACCUGCCACGGCAUCUCGGCGGCUGCCGGUAAAGCGGGCGCCAUCAUCGGCGCGUUCGGGUUUCUCUACGCUGCUCAGAGCAAGGACCCGGCCCAGACGGAUCCUGGAUAUCCACCGGGCAUAGGAGUGAGGAACGCUCUGCUUGUGCUGGGAGUGACUAAUGCUGUUGGCUUCUUUUGUACCUUCCUGAUUGAAGAGUCCAACGGCAAGUCCCUCGAGGAGAUGUCGGGGGAGGUCGGGGAGGGUGCCGAUUCUGCUGAGAGCUAUCGCCUUGAUCAACCGGUUUUCAACGAUUCUGCAGCUUCUGCUGACAGCUAUCGCCUUGAUCAGCCGGUUUUCUAGCUAUAUAUAUAUAUAUAUAUAUAUAUAUAUAUAUAUAGAGGUUUGAUCGACUGCAAAUUUGUGGUCUGAUGUCACAACUUGUGUAUGUGUGCAUACUAGUUUGGUUGGACUUGCUUUUUACCUUUACUGGCUUGCUUCGUA